GCAACAUCGCAUCGUGGUGGUCAGUGCCAUUUUCGUAACGAAAGCGAAAAGAGAUGGCGGCAACACGAAGAAAGAUGGAUCGAAUCGUCAUGCUGGCAUGCAUCAUUCUACUGUCUGGAAUCAUUCAUCCGUCAUCGAGUAGGUCGUCAAAGCCGUCAGUCAAGUCCUCGUGUGGUUACCAGAGCUGCCACGCAACGAAACCGGGCUUCAUCAACGUCCACCUAGUGCCCCACACUCACGAUGAUGUCGGCUGGCUCAAGACUGUCGACCAGUACUACUUUGGAUCCCGUACCGGUAUUCAAAAAGCUGGCGUCCAGUACAUCCUGGACAGUGUCAUAGAAGAAUUGCAGGCUAAUCGAGAGCGUAGAUUCAUCUACGUGGAAAUGGCGUUUUUCUGGCAAUGGUGGGAGGAGCAAAACGAGUCGACACGAGACACCGUGCGUGAUUUGGUGGCCCAAGGGCGACUAGAGUUCAUUAACGGCGGUUGGUGCAUGAACGACGAAGCUACAACUCAUUACGUCGACAUUAUUGAUCAAAUGUCUUUUGGAUUAAACUUUUUGAACGACACGUUCGGCGAAUGUGGGCGUCCUCGCAUCGCGUGGCAAAUCGAUCCUUUUGGUCAUUCGAGAGAGCAGGCUUUUAUAUUCUCGCAAAUGGGUUACGACGGCCUCUUCUUCGGUCGCUUGGAUCACGAAGAUAAGAAGCAACGCAUGGCCUCCAAAACUAUGGAGAUGGUAUGGUCCAGCAGCAAUCUUGGUAAAACUGGAUGGCUCUUUACAGCAGUCAAUUACAAUUUGUAUCAGCCUCCACCUGGCUUCUGUUUCGACAUAUUAUGCAGCGAUUUGCCUCUUAUUGACAAUAAAAAUUCCAAGGAGUACAACAUCGAUCAGCGGGUAACAGACUUCCUAAAAUAUUGUCAACAGCAGUCAGAGGCCUACGCUACUGACCAUAUUUUGUUGACGAUGGGAGGCGAUUUCACGUACCAGGAUGCCAACGUUUGGUACAAAAACAUGGACAAGCUCAUCACAUAUACGAACGAACGUCAAGCUAACGGCAGUCGAUUUAACUUGCUAUAUUCUACGCCGAGCUGCUACGUCAAAGCUUUGAACGAUUUAAAGAAAUCAUGGCCGCUUAAAACGGACGAUUUCUUUCCUUACGGCAGCGACGCCCAUUCUUACUGGACGGGCUACUUCACUUCACGCCCAGCUUUUAAAUACAUGGUCCGCCAGGCCAGCAACCUCCUCCAGGCCUGCAAACAAAUGGACUCGGCUUUGUCCUGGAACAAGGCUACCAAUAAAGGCGACUUGAAUGUCAUGAAGCGGGCGAUGGGAAUCGUGCAGCAUCACGAUGCUGUCAGCGGUACGGAAAAGCAAGCCGUUGUUCAAGAUUAUCAGAGCCGACUGCACGAGGGCGUGGUCGAGUGUCAGAAAACGCAGACCUCUUUCUAUCAGAAUCAACUGCCCAUCCGCGGCCAGCCAUUGCCGGACGUCAAAUACUGCCAACUCAAUGUCAGUCAGUGUGACGUAUCGGAGAACAGCAGCAGAUUUGUAGUCAACAUUUACAAUUCACUGGCUAGCAACGUCGAUAAAUACGUUCGCAUUCCGGUAGCUAACGGAGCGUAUUACCAAGUCCUUGACCCUGACGGUAAUGUGGUGGAUUCACAAGUUAUCCCCAUUGCAGCUGGAGUUCAUGCCAUUCCGGGCCGAAUAAGCGCAGCAACAGACGAACUCGUAUUUUUGGCUGCCAAGCUGCCACCUAUUGGUUCGAAAUCUUACUACGUCGAAAAAAUAGCCAAAAACCGUCAGCGCGUAUCGUUCAAAUCUAAGCUUCAACGUUUGAUUCCUGGACAAGACUAUAUUAUCUCCACUGACAAAAUGAAAGUUAGAGUUGACAGUACGACGGGGCUUCUCAGUUCGGUAACCGUUAACGGAAAGGAGUUCUUUGUCCAGCAAGAAUUCCUUUGGUAUCCAGGAUAUAAUGGCGAUAACGAGUCAGCUGAUAGGAGAUCAUCGGGUGCCUACAUCUUCCGACCGAAUGGAACAGACGCGUUCCCCAUGAGGCAUACAAUGGCCGCUGCUGUAAUCACCGCAGUAUACACCGGACCGUUGGUUCAGGAAAUCCACCAAUUUUACGAUUCCUGGGUGACUCAAGUCAUUCGCAUCUACCAUGGCCAGGAACAUGUGGAACUCGACUGGGUAAUUGGGCCCAUUCCGGUAAGCGACAAAAUUGGAAAGGAAGUCAUCAGCCGAGUAACGACGACUAUCUUAAAAAGCGACGGAACUUUCUACACGGACGCCAACGGUCGUCAGACAUUGAAACGCGAACUAGACGCUAGAGAGUCCUACACCUACACGCCAACAGAGUCCGUCUCGGGUAAUUACUACCCCAUCAAUUCUCACCUUUUCAUUCGAGACCCACUGGGAAAGCACCAAGCUACCGUCCUCGUCGACCGGUCUCAAGGAGGGUCUAGCCUCGACGGCGGACUGAUCGAAUUGAUGGUUCAUCGGCGGCUGCUCCACGACGACUCUUUCGGCGUCGACGAGCCGCUAGACGAGACAGCUUUCCAUCGCGGCCUAGUCAUCCGCGGUACACACUAUCUGAUCCUCAGUGACGGGCCCAGUUCAGCCAAAAGGUUCAGACCUUUGGCGCAACAACUCUACAAACAACCGCAUCUCUCUUUUAUCCCAACAAAGUUGCACUUUGCUGAGUGGAAUAGUCUCUACAAGACUCAGCAACAACUAAUCAGCAGGACAUUACCCGAGAACGUGAACCUACUGACAUUGGAGAAGAGACAAGACGGCUAUUACCUCAUUAGAUUGGAGCACAUCUACGAUGUUGAAGAGGAUGAAAUCCUCUCGGCUCCAGUUACCGUUUCGCUUCAUAAUCUGUUCCCUGGUUUUAUCAUCACGUCGGCUGAAGAGACCAUGUUAGGAGGGAAUCAAUUUAGAAAAGAUUCUCAGCGUCUUUUGUGGAACUCGGCAGAAAGGCAGCAUAACGGACAACGACCAACAAAAUUCCCUAACGUCGAGCUCCAACCGAUGGAGAUACGGACCUUUAUUGUCAACAUCGUUCGUGACAAUAGGUUGGAUAAAUAAUGUAGAUGCCAACAUUGAAAGAUGAAAUGUCAAAAUGGUUCUUACUUAAUUUUUUCUCAAUAAAUUGUUCGCUUGUGU